AUAAAAUGGAAAAUGAUCUGCAAAAAGAAAAUCAGCUGCUUGUAGAAUAGAUUAAGGCGCUCUAGGCUUAAUUAAAUAAUAGAGAAACUUUAAGAAAUGAAUGCUCUAGAAUAAAUGAUUAAAGCAGCUUUUUCAACACAUUCAAAUAAUCAACACCAAGAGGUAAUAUCAGUAGAGACCAAAGCAAAAGAGAUCUUUAGGAUUUGACUGCUUAAGUGAAGAAACUUAACGAGUACAAUUUCAAUUUAUUUCCAAAGAGAGAAAGAACAAUUAAGGAAAACCUUAAAACAUCAAAUUGAUGCUUAUGAUCAAAAAAUUCAAUAAAAAGAAAUGGAAUUAAGCCAAAAAGAAAAAAUGUAUAGACAAUUAUAGACUGACUACAAAGAAUUGCAAUAGACUCUUAUAUAAGAAUAAAGUAAACCCGCUCCCUAACCAGCGGCACCAACGCCUGUUCAGACUAAACCUGCUGGAGAUCAAAUACAAUAAUUCCGAGUUUAAAAAGUUGGUCUAAUGAAUCUUCCAUGUUUAGUAUCUAAUUUUAAGCUUAUCAAUAGAUUCUAAUUAGAAGGAAUAUAUUCGAACAAUUCGUGAUCGAGAUCGAAAACACCAAGGAUAGAGUAUGCAUAAAUGUGUAGGACAUCACAGAUUUAGUACCUGAUAGAACUAAGGAGGAUCAUUUUUAGUUAACAUAUAAAUUAUCAAAUCAAAAGAUUACGGAAAUGUAUUAAUCUACAGAAUACAAAUCAAUAUUAAGAGCAAUUAAGUAAUAUGAUUAUGGAUAAUUUUCAUAGGUAUCUUCAUUCUUAAUAAUAACAAACUAGGAAAUAGGAAAACUAACCAGCUUAAUUAUAAUAAGAACAACAAAGUGGUUUAAUCAAAAGUUUGAGUUCCUUUUUUAUGAAAAAAUGAC